AUGUUUGGCUUUGGUUGGUGUUUAUUACAUGCUCUGCUAAUUCAUUCCUCUAUCGGUGUAUUCGUCGCCUCUAAGCUAGAUUUUGCCUCAACCACAGGACUACCGUCCUUGGAUAGCAAAACACUAGAGGUUCUCCAUGCAAACGGAUUGCAUGGAGAAGUGGUUGGACGAGCAGCGGAGCAUCGGCGAGAGUGUGGAAUUGUCCUGCUAGAUUACACAAGUUACACAAAUGGCUUGAUGUUUGACGGGGUUCUUAAAUCGUUCGAAGAAACGUUAACGGACAACAAUACGCUGAUGAGACGCUGCGCGAGAAGUACGAGCCAACUGAAAUUCUUCCCUGGUAUAGCGCUUAUCGGUAUUGGAAUAGGAAUCGGUCUCGGCAAGUUUGUGUAUGAUGGAAUAACGGGGUUGAUCCACAGGUUCAGUGAGGAGGAACAGCGACAUAAGCGAGUGAUGAAGGAGCUGAUUGAACUGAAUAAGAAGGUGCAGGACUUGGCAGAAAUCCUCGAUUUCCAGACGUCCUCGUGA